GUAGCAAAUUUUUGAACAGUUUAAUUAAUGUUAAUUAUGAUCUACGACAAAUGCGCGUGCGAUGAGUCCAGUUAAUGCUUUAAAAAUCAUACUUUUAAGUCUUGGACUUUUCAUACUUGUGUCGCUACUGUCUUCUUCACUUCAUCACAGAGAUUUGGACAGUGAUUAUGAAGCUGGUCAAUUAUCGGCAAUUAAUAAUCAGUUUCCAAAAAUUCCUGGACCUACAGUCGACUGGCCUCGUCUUGAACAACGAAGUCAGUAUUAUGUUCUGCGCGAUUACGUGAAGGCAAGUAAAGUAUUCAUGGAAAGUGUCACACUUUGUGCGCCUGGUGACAUAAGAUUUUUGGAUAACAUGGUCGUGCUUGCGCAAAGAUGGUUCGCACCAAUAAGUGUGGCUCUAUACGCACCCGGAAACGACUUUUUUGCAACGUUAGAGGCAAUAGCCUAUUUGAGAUCCUGUACUGUUCCGGAGAUUAAGAUAUUCGUCAAUUUUCACUUGUUUUUUGAUUUUGAUCACAUUCCAAAGGGGACGAAACCAUUGCUGGAGUUGUAUGAGGACACAUACGAUUGCUCAAAGGGCCCGCCUUAUAAGGAUAUAAAGGAUGAAGAUAUGUACAAGUCGAAGAACAACCUGCUGUUCCCCAUCAACGUGGCGCGGAACGUGGCUAGAGACGCAGCCCGUACCCACUUCAUUUUCCCAUCUGACAUCGAGCUGUAUCCGACGCCUAACUUUGUAAACAAAUUUCUCGACUUCGUUCAAACUCACGGUGAACUGUUUAUUGAAGGACAGCGUAAUGUGUUCGUGCUGCCCGUUUUCGAGAUGAAGGAGGGCUAUGACAUACCCUCAAACAAGACGCAGCUUCAAACUAUGAUUAAGAACAAGACUGCGUUUCUCUUCCACAAAAACAUCUGUGCUUCAUGUCAUAAGGUUGUUGAUGGAAACAGAUGGAUCACAGAGCCUGAAACGGAAGGUUUGAAUGUAUUUUCGGUGGGGAAAAGACAAGGGACUCAAGUUAUGUGGGAACCUUUCUAUGUGUGUACGCACAAAGAACCUUUAUUCGACGAAAGGAUGUCUUGGGAAGGACAAGCCAAUAAAAUGAGCAUGGCAUAUUCUCUCUGUUUACUAGAUUAUGACUUCAUGGUAUUGGACAACGCGUUUUUAGUGCACAAACCAGGAAUUAAAGUAAAAAAAGUACAAAAUUUAAAAUACAAAAAUGUUACAGACAAAAGCACGAAACUACUCAAAUAUCACGCUAGUGUGGAGUUGAAAAAAAUCUAUGGAAAUAAUCCGAAAUGUAGAAUAAUGUAAUUGAAUUUAUUAAACAAUUAUAUCUUAUAAUG